AUGAUUGCACUCAAUGCGUGGUUAGAAUAUAAUUGGAAUGAUUAUCGACUUGUAUGGAAUAGCUCGGAAUAUGAACAAAUCAAGACAGUACGAUUUGCCAGUGAAUUAAUUUGGCAUCCUGAUAUCGUACUCUACAACAGUAAUGGUGAUGUCUUUUGGAUUCCGCUCGGCAAUUUUCGUGCAUUCUGCAAGAUUGACAUUACAUGGUUUCCAUUUGAUGAUCAGUCAUGUUAUCUGAAAUUUGGUUCCUGGACAUACAAUGGUUUAGCGUUGAAUCUGGAACUUGAUACUUCAGGAGGAGAAGAAGCUUCCAUCGAUUUAUCAUAUUAUAUUCCUAGUGGAGAAUGGACCGUUAAAAGUACGAGUGCAAAGCGCAAAAAGGCAUUCUAUAAAUGCUGUUCUGAACCUUAUUAUUCAAUUGAAUUUUUCAUUAAUAUUCGUCGCAGAACUGUAUAUUAUGGCUUUAAUAUUAUUAUUCCAUCUAUACUAGUUGCUAUGUUCACCACACUUGCAUUUACUUUGCCUCCAAUUGAUCUAUCAGAAAAAAUUGGCUUUCGUAUGUUUUUCUUAACAAUGACCACGCUGGUGAUAUCAUCGAUAACAUUUACGAUAGUUGUUCUUAACAUACGUUACAGAUCACCAGAAAAUCAUCAAAUGGGAUCGAUCAUCCGUUUAUUCUUACUUGAGUUCAUGCCAAAAAUAUUACGUAUGAAAAAUGUUGGACAUUAUUACCAAUCUCAGCCAGGUAUUUCCCACAAUAUUAAACCGAAACCUCAACCACCAGGAAGCCCUAUUUUACAGCUGAAGAAAUUCAAUUCACUGGGACGUACACCACUGAAAGAUGAGGCUGAGAGAGACUACUCACUAACUUUAACUACCCAAGUCUUAGACACUCAAGCUGAAGGUGUAUGCUUGCCACACAAAACUGGCAAGGAACUGUUUAGGAAUUUAUCGAGUUCAAAUGUAGACAUGAAAAGAGCAGCACAAUGUGAUGAAUUUAUCAAGGAAUGUAUGGAAAAACUAGCAGAUAUUAGUAAGUAA